CGGACAGAAACAUAUAAACCUGCUAAAAACAACAGUCUAUGAAAAACCGCAAUGUCGCAACUUUCAGAAUUCCUAACUUGCAAACGAAUUUUGGUCGUCCUCUUCUUCUUGGGUUUUAUGUUACAUCAUAUGUUAAGAAUUAACAUGUCAAUGGCUGUAAUCGACAUGAUCAGUAACAGGUCUAAUAUGACAGAAGUACAACGCUUUGACUGGAGCGAAGAACAGAAAAAUGAUAUUUUGGGAUGUUUCUGUUGGGGUUAUACCGUAACAUCACUUGUAUCAGGCCAUUUAUCCGAAGUAUAUGGUACUCGUAUUAUCUUAGGUUCUGGAGUAGUUUUGGCUACAAUUUGUACCCUUCUCACACCUCUUGUAGCGUCACAUCUGAGUUAUAUUUGUUUGAUAUUACUAAGAGUAGGUGUAGGAUUUGGAUUAGGAAUGCAAUGGUCGUCAGUAAUGCCCAUAGCUACGAAAUGGAUACCACCAACUGAUAUCUCAAAAUUUUUAUCAACAAUUUUGGGAAGUCAACUAGGUGCAGCAAUAACUUUCAUUGUUUGUGGAUAUCUGAUUAAAGCAUUUGGAUGGCCUAGUGUCUUUUACGUUACAGGAGCCUUUAGCGCAAUAUGGUGUCUAGCAUGGUUUUAUUGUGUUUAUGAUUCACCAAUACAACACCCAAGAAUCAGCGAAGAUGAACAAAAACGUUUGCUGCGAAAAGUAAAAUAUCAGGCAAACUCGGUUUCAGCGAAAAAACCUUGGGCGAAAAUUAUGACUUCGCGACCAGUUUGGGCUAUCAUUAUAGCAAUGACUUGUAUAAAUUUCAAUACACACAGUGUUGCAAAUUAUAUGCCUUUGUAUAUGAACCAGGUACUUAAUUUUAAUAUCAGUGCUAAUGGAUUACUAUCCAGUUUACCCUACUUUGCAACAUACUUUACCGCAGUUUUGUCAAGCUUUCUAGCAGAUAAAUGGAACAAAAGUGGUUAUGUCUCUCUUCUUGUCGUACGACAAAUCUUCACCGUAGGAGCUCUGUGGAUAGCUGCUUUUUCUCUAACAGUGGAGUCGGUUUGGGGUUACAAUUACGUUGUUUCUGUGGUAUUUUUCACUCUUUGGCAAAGCAGUGCAGGCUAUCACAGUGGUGGUUCUAUUCCUAAUGCGGUGGAUAUAUCACCGAAUUAUUCUGCCCUCCUUGUCACAAAUGAGGAAAAUUUUCAAGAGUGGAGAAUUUUUUUCUGGAUUAUAAGUGCAGCAAAUGUGGUGGCAGCGGUGGUUUACCACAUUUUUGCAUCUGCCGAAGUGCAAGAAUGGAACAAUACAUCCGUUCGUAAUGAGGUGGAACAAGAAUAUGCCGAUGCGACAGAACUGUAUGCAGUUAAUGCAAAACCAAAUUAA